AUGGAGGAGCCCUCUACAGGCAGCACGGGGUACUGCAGCCACAACAUCGAUCUGAAAGGCUCCACCGCGAAGGCCUCGGUACACUCGGUCCAACAGGAGAUGCACAGGAACCGCAUGCAAAGAACGUGCUGGGUGCACAAACUGAUUCUCCACCCCACCAUGAUUCCCUUUCCUUUGCUUCUCUUUCAGUUCUACAAACAUGUCGUCCAGAGUGUAGAGAAGUUCAUACAAAAGUGCAAACCAGAAUACAAGGUUCCGGGCUUGUACGUCAUCGACUCCAUUGUCAGGCAGUCACGACACCAGUUUGGCACAGAGAAGGACGUAUUUGCCCCACGCUUCAGCAAGAACAUCAUCCCUACAUUCCAGCACCUCUACCGCUGCCCUUCAGAUGAUAAGAGUAAGAUUGUGCGAGUCCUCAACCUAUGGCAAAAGAAUGCCGUCUUCAAGAGUGACAUCAUCCAACCCCUGCUGGAUAUGGCAGCAGGGAUCGCUCCCCCCAGUGUCACCCCCGUCAUGCCGAGCAGUGCCGCCCCGGUCAACAACACUACACCUGGUACCCCAGCUACUCCGGCCACUCCAGCCAACUUAGUCCAGGGUCUGCCUGACUGGGCCUCCCAGAUUAACAACACAGACACUGUUGCAGCUGUAGCGCAGAUCCUGCAAAGCCCCCAGGGACAGCAGUUGCAGCAGCUGGUACAGAGUCUUCAGAUGCAGCAGCAGAAACCCCAGCCGUCCCUGCUGCAGGCCUUGGAUGCCGGCUUAGUGGUGCAGUUGCAGGCUCUGACCGCACAGCUCACCGCUGCUGCCACCGCCAACAGCCUCAACCCCCUGGAGCAGAGGGUCUCCUCUUUUAAUAAAAAGCUUUUGGGUCCUUUUGACUUUGGGAACGAUAACGAACGUGGCGAAGAAUCUAAGAAAGACAGUUCAUCAUCUCAGUUGCCGAUGGUGUCUGAGCCCAUCAACAGCUCCCUCUUCCACCAGUUAGCCGAGCAGCUCCAACAACAGAACCUGGAGCAGUUUCAGAAGCAGCUGCUCGAGCACCAACAGCACCAGCAGAAGGCUAUGAGCAUUGAAGGGCAGGACUCGAUGUAUGGGCAGGAAAACUCUGUGACUGCUCAGAGCAGCAGCCAGCCGCAGCUUCCUGAGCCAGAGAACAAGAUGGACGACUCCAUAGAUAACCAGCAGCAGGACAUGGACCUGGAUGAGGGCCCUGAUGGAAUGGAGGAGGAGAGCUUUGAGGCUGAGGAAAAGAAAACUGCUAGCAAACGCUCCAGAACACGCUCAAGGUCACACUCGAGGUCUCCCAAGAGGAGGCGGUCCAGGUCCCGCUCCGGCUCACGGAAACGCAAGCACCGCAAACGCUCGCGCUCACGCUCCAGAGAUCGCAAGAGGAAGUCGUCGCGCUCUUACUCGAGCGAGAGGCGCGCCAGAGAGCGGGAGAAGGAGCGGCAGAAGAAAGGCCUGCCCCCCAUAAGGUCCAAGACUCUAAGUGUGUGCAGUACGACUCUGUGGGUGGGCCAGGUGGACAAAAAAGCCACUCAGCAAGAUCUUACCAAUCUGUUCGAAGAAUUUGGCCAGAUUGAAUCCAUCAAUAUGAUCCCUCCCAGAGGCUGUGCCUACAUCUGUAUGGUCCACAGACAGGAUGCGUACCGUGCUCGCCAGAAGCUCAGCACCGGCUCCUUUAAGAUCGGCUCCAAAGUCAUCAAGAUCGCGUGGGCUCUAAACAAGGGCGUAAAACAGGAGUACAAGCAGUUUUGGGACGUGGACCUGGGUGUUACCUACAUACCUUGGGAGAAGGUGAAGCUGGAUGAUCUGGAUGGUUUCGCUGAAGGAGGAAUCAUUGACCAGGAGACUGUGAAUGAUGAGUGGGAAGCAGCCAAGAAUGCUGAGCCAGUGAAGGAAGUCGCAAGUCAGCCAGUAAGCGCAGAGACUACAGCUGUGUCCAACACUCAGACUGAGACCUACAGCCAGCAGGUUACCAUGAUGCCUGUGCAGCUGCCGGUGGCACAGGCUGUUCCCAGUGCAGUAGGUUUGGUGCCCCCGAAUUUCCCCGUCACCAUGAGCAUACCUCCGCCAGGCUACGGGCCGCCACCGCCCUUCAUAAGAGCCGGCUUCAAUGCCACGCAGCCUCCGCCAGGUUUUAUGCAGGCAGCACAGGCGGGUACUACUUCUCUGGUGCAGCCUUCAUUGGCGAACAGCCAGGAAGCUGUCAAGGAAUCCCCGUUUAGCGCUAUGAUCCCUCCGACCAGCACCAUCCCUGGCAGCUUCAUGCCCUCGGCCAUCCCCGGGGCUGGUGUAUUCAACCCAGUGGGAGUCCAACCUCAGCAAGUUGGUCAUGAGAAAACAGCUCAGUCUGCAGAUGGGUUGGAUGCCGCAGAGCUCACACUGCAAGGCAUGCAGAACGCAGUCCGCAGUGGGAUGGGUCUUCUUGGCAUGCACCCGUCUGCUUCCCUCACCCACCCGCUACAUCAGUCCGCUCUGAGCGGGCAGAGAAUGCCCGGCCUGUUGCCUCUCGACGUGCGGCCUAACCUUCUUCAGGCAGGGGCUGCAGCCCGCUUCCCUCUCCUCAUGCAGCACGGCCCUGCUGCUGGCCUCCUCGACGCCUCCCUCCAGGCUCAGGCACGUGCACGGGCUCCUUUCCCUCAGAUGGACCCCUUCAACCGGGCCCCGAAUCUCACCAAUGAGAACGUAGCCAAGAAAGAAGAAGAGUCUUCUUCUGGGGCUGACGAGGGCAAAGACCAGGACUAUCGCUUUCCCCCGAUGGAAAAGCAGAGCACAGGCCUACUGAGGACCCCUCCACCAGAUCACAGGGACUCCCUCGGAGGUGGAGCAGCAGGCCGGCCCCCUUUGCUCCAGACUCCGGGGGCAGCCAGGUCCAGCCUGGUAGGACGUCUGCAAGCGCUCGCAGGCUUUACUCCUGAUAAUCGCUGGAACCAAGCCAGGGGGGACUUUGACGAGCGAGAUGGUAUCCGAGGUGGCCCGCAAGCUCCUGGUGGUCCAAAGGGCUUCCAGGAGGAGCGACCAACACCUGGGCAGAAUUUUCCCAACCGCUUUGACAGCCGUCCUGGGACAGCAGGAGCUGCUGGGGCUCCUGGAAAUGCAGGAGCUGCUGCGGGGCCACAGAACUGGAACCGAGGAGGCGGCGGCGGAGGUGGUGGCGGCGGUGGUGGUGGUGCUGCUGCCCCAGCACCUUUUGACAGUGAACUACAUCAAGACCUAGACGAGCGAAGACGCCCGUGGGACAGGCAGAGAGACAGAGAUGAAAGAGAUUUUGACUUCAGAAGGGAGAUGAACGGGAACCGCCACAGCCGCGAGAGGGAGAGGGAGCGCGAGAGGGAGCGUGAGAGGGAAAGAGACAGAGAUCGAGGCAGAGAUCGCAGCAGGGACUUUGAACGUGACAGAGACCGCGACAAAGAGAGAGACCGCGAGAGGGAACGUGAACGUGGUGGUUGGACACCUCUUCUUCCACUCCCCACUCCCCUUCUUCCAACGCCGACUCUCAAUCCUAAUCUGACCCUGAACCAAGGCAAAUUACUCUCACCACUUAAAUUAAACCCCCAGAUGCAGUCACGUUUCCAGUCUCCCCUCCUGCCUCAGCUUCAGGGCAAACCUUCCCUCAUGGGUUUGAACCAGCCUCUCCCGCCAGUUCAGAUCAAGACUCCGCCUCCCUCACAGAGCUCUGCUGCUGCUGCACCCGAGCCCCAGUCAGAAACCGCAGCUCCGGUGUCUGAGACACCUGAGGCGCAGUCGCCACCCUCGACCCAAUCACCUGAGCAGUCACCUGAGCAGUCACCUGACCAAUCACCUGAUAACAAGAGUCAGAGCCCAGUGACUGAGGCUCCCAUCCAGGCCCAGUCAUCACCAUCAUCAUCAUCAUCAUCACCACCACAGUCAGAGACCCCUCCUCAAUCAGAAUCACAAUUCCAGCCCACAGUCCAGUCCCCCUCCAAAUCCGUCUCCUCUCCAGACACUGAGACCCCAAACCAAGCCUCACCACUGGUUGAGGCGUCAUCCCAGGACUCACCCGUGGCCUUCACAUUAGCCCCCGUCAGCCCCCGCGAGGAGACGACCCCCUCUCCGGAGGAGCGGGAAAGUUCGCCGAAGAACGAUGACGAGUCGGAAGACUCCAGAGAAUUCUCGGUCCAACAGCAGUGGCUCAACGGACCCGGGCUGGACAAUAGCAAUGUGGCUGAGCCCACACCAGAGGGCUCCCCCGAGUCCUCCCCAGUCCCCUUCUCUGAUUCUGUGCGCCCAGAAAGUGAACCGGAGCAGCUUGCUUCGCCCAAGGACGUAGACAAUGAACAGAGUGAGCCCGCGGAGGAAGCUGCGAGUCAGCCAGUGGUAGACACUGUCACAGACACUGAGGGGACAUAAUCAUCACUCAGUAGGUAAAAGAUCAUUUUGUAAAGUUGUCUCUUCUUCUCUGUACUCAUGUCAGCAAACCCAACACCACCACUACCACACGGGACAUGAUGAAUACUGACUCCCACCAGUUACUGUCUUGAUAACCAAUAACACAUGAUUUUAUCUCUCACAAAUACCAGUGUACUUAACUAGAAGAACUCAUUUAGCUGAUUUAUUGGUAGAACUUUUGUUUGUAUUUUAUUUCCUUUCCUUUUUUAAGUUGUAAUGCCACCCCGCCCAUCCUCCUCCUUCUCCUCCUUCCCUUUUUAAUAAUUUUAUCAGAUUUUAAUCAAUUUUAUCAAGUUGCCUGCCAAAAUGUUUUAAUUGUAUAUGGUGAAAAAUAAGCUUUGACCUUCCUAUGGAAGAGAGGAACCAAAAUCCUGGCUGUUCAUUAAUGGAUAAAAACACAGUUCAACACAGUACUUGAAAAAUGACCGUCGCUGGGCCCCGUUUCUGUCUUUCUCUCAUUUUAAAAAAUGCUGCCGCGAUCGUUUUCAGUGAAUGCUUCUCCGGUGUCCUACAGUGCUUUCACUUUUCCUUAGCAGAACAAGUAGCCCGCGUUCAGUCAGUGAGACGAGUACAGCUGCUUUUGAUUGGGAAGAAAUGAUCAUUUUUUUUAUAAAACAUGAAAAUGUUGUAUCCUCCAGAAUAAAUGUCUGCAAUUUGUUCCUAAUAAUGCUGCAAACACACACACACACAAACACACAAACAGAGAAAAAUGACAUGCCAGGAGGAAGAAAAAGAAACUGAACAGAGGGAUGUUCUCAUGUUGGGUGCAUAAUGUUUUAGUUUGAAAUAAACAUACUUUGUCUGUUUUAAAAACACAUGCUUUAGGACUGUUUUCUGAUCCAGGACCAGUGGGGGGGCGGGGGGUAUACAGACAGACUUAAACACAGUGUGUGCUGUUUGUUCUCUGCAGUCGGUUUGAUGUUCUCGUGACUCAAGUUGCCGCUGUACCAUCCAUCCACAGAGCACGUUGUGUAGUUCUCUCGUAGUUACUCAUGACUUCUUCAGCCUGUACUAUGUCUCCCCUCAGUGACUGUUGAGGAUGGGAUUGUGCCUUCUUUUUGAAUGGAUUUUGUCAUUCAUGACGCUACCCAACACUACUGUGUGACGCACGCCAGACUGCGCGUGCAACUCGGUGUCAGUCAGCUUUAUGAACAGAAUGCUACCUGCACAGAAAUUGACCGAUCUACCCUUUUGAAUGGUAGCCGGGCAUUUUGUUCAGUGCUCCGCCUCCUAGUUAAAGAACAAAUAUUUACUCUUACACUGUUCUGUGCAUGCAGGCCUGUCGCCAUUUAACCUUCCUUGUGUCUCUCUCUCUCUUGUUCAUUUCAUACCUGUAGUUCUUUUCUGUCGAGACAUGCUUUCUAGAACAUCCACAGUCUGCUGUUUUCCUUAGACCCACAUGUCUUAUACAGGAGUUGUGAUGUUGAAAUAAAAGUUGAAGGUUCAUCCGA